GAGCCAGGGAGGGUCUGAGGCCCUGCGGCCGGCCACGUGGCGGCCCUACGGCUUCAGCCCCCCACCCCCAUUCAAACGAUGCCGAAGGGGCGGCGCGGCUGCCCGAGCCCCACGAUGAGCAAGCGGCCCGCCCCGCCCCUCUACUUCCCAUCCCUCUACGACCGCGGCAUCUCGUCCUCCCCCCUCAACGACUUCAACAUCUGGAAGAAGCUCUUCGUGCCCCUCAAGGCGGGGGCGGCGGCGGCGGGGGCGGCGGGCGCCGGGGCCGGGUUGGGGGGCGGCGGCGGCGGCGGCGGCGGGGCCGGGGGCCGCAGUCUGGCAGCCCAGCAGCCCCAGCCCAGCGCACCCCCGCCCCCUCCGCCGCCGCCGCCGCCGCCUCCUCCUGGCCUGGGUCCCCUGAGCGAGCGCCCGUGUCCCCAGCCCUGGCCGGCCGGCCUGGCCCCGAUCCCCUACGAGCCACUGCGCUUCUUCUACUCACCGCCGCCGGGCCCCGAAGGCGCCGCUCCGCCGCCACAGCCCCCACCACCCCCGCCGCAGCCCCCACCGCCGCCGCCACAGCCACAGCAGCCCCCGCCCCAGCCGCAGCAGCCCCCGCAGCAACCACAGCAGCAGUCCCCAGCCCCAGGGCCCCCGGCUCCUCGGCUACUCCCUGCAGCCGCCGCCGCCGCCGCCUCACAGCCGGACGAGCUGUGCGAGCUGGAGAUCCGCAUCAAGGAGCUGGAACUGCUCACCAUCACCGGGGACGGCUUCGACUCCCAGCGCUAUAAAUUCCUGAAGGCACUCAAAGAUGAAAAGUUGCAAGGCAUAAAGAUGAGACAGCACCUGAAGAAGCCCACGCCGCUCUCCUAACAAGAUGUGAAGGCCGCGUUACCGUAUCUCCAUAGCGUUAGAUGUUACUGAAUAGAGAAUGUAUCCCGUUUUUUGCCAUUUCAGAUAUAACUAUUUUCUGUUCAUUCAUCCCUUACCUCUUUCCUGCUCCCAGGUGCACAUUACAAAUACAGCAUCAGCUUGUCUAGUAA